AUGAGUGACGAUUAUUCUGCAACACAUGGGUUGAUGAUGUUCUUGCUGGCUACCAAUAAUGGAGCAGCUGAAGGCACUGGUAUUAGAUUGAAUGUUGAUCAAGCCCAUAAUCUAUUAGGAAAACAUAUUUCACCAGUAUUAGUCAAUUAUACCUUAGGAACACAAAUAAAUUUAUUUGGAUCUUAUCCAGAUGAAUCUGAUGUAGUACCAUCGGCCAUUUUCACAGCAGUGUUUGCGAUAUUGGGAAUAUUGCAUUUGAUAAUUUUUUGCAUAAACUUUUCAAGAGGACAUUAUUUCUGGUUAUCGAUGGGCUGGUUUGGGUACUGUAUAACUAGAGUGGUUGGAUGGGCUCUUAGGAUAGCUUGGGCUAGAAAUAUCACGGUAACACAAAUGGGGAUUGCCAAUGAGGUGUUUUUGAUUAUUCCGUCGAUUAUACUUGUUUCGAUUAACUUGAUUCUAGCACAAAGAUUGUUUACUUGGAGACAUCCAGUUGGUGGUUCCAGAAAACUUUUCUGGUCCAUCAUGAUUGGUCUUUAUAUUGUUGUUCUCGGGGUCAUCGCCAUGACUAUCGUUGCAUCCGCCAUACCAUAUUUGUAUUAUUUAUCUGAGAAAACAUACAAGAGCUACCAGAAAGUUGUCCAAGCAAGUGCUAUUUUGAUUAUAUUAUACACUUUGACGGCUGUCAGUUUGAUUGCUUUAUCGUAUUUCUUCAAGCCAACCAGAAAGGAUGAAAACUUGUACACAUAUCAACCAUGGUGGAUUGAAUCAUUCCAUCCAUUCUAUUUUGUUCGUCCUCACGCUGCCCAGGAGGCUGAAGAAACAUUUAUGAAAAGAAACCGUAACCAUCGUCAUGCCAUUCGUGUUAUUGCUGCAACUCACCACCAUUACAAAAUAGUUGAAGGUUUGAGUAAUGAGAGAGGUAACUUGAAGCACAACACCUCCUUGUUGAUUAUAUGUCUGUCCACGCUUUUCCUUUUCGUAGGUUCUGUUUUGAGAGCAGUGGCUGUUUUCCAAGCAAAAUUCAACAGGGACGAGGGCCCAGUUUGUGAUCCUGUCGCCAUGUACAUAAUGUGGGGACUUUUGGAAACUGUCAUAAAUUUGUCCUACAUCAUUGGUAGGGUUGAUUUGAGAUUCUAUAGACCUGAUGUCUUACCUGCAGCCGUCAGAGCCAUUAUCACUGCAGAGCAAACUACUCAUCCUUCUGUCAUGCCUUCUCCUUCAGAACAGGCUACGCUUGACGGUGACAACAUGUCCCUCGACCAAUCUGAAUUCGAUUUCAGCGACUCUGAGUCUUUACCUCCUAAUUACUAUGAGAACAAGCAUGAAAAACAAGAAGUUGUCACAGAUGAUAACGAAUCUGAAUUUUAUUUCUGA